AUGGAAAGUAAAGGCACUGACACAGUACAGUCUGCCUGCCAGCCCUCAGGUACCCUUUUCCACAUUUGUGUCAACUCUGAGCCUGAUCUCCUGUUGGGCUUUCUGGACAGUCUGGACCCAGAGAUGUUUCUCAGAUGUGCUGAUUCAGAGUCAACGUGCCUGGAAAACCUGGAGAAAGAGAUCUUCGGAAAAACGAAUUCCAUAUCAACCUCCAUCUCUCCUCCUUUGGAGUCCCCAUCAGCUAAGCUGGAGGCCAUUAAUGAAUUGAUAAGGUUUGAUCAUGUAUAUACAAAGCCCCUAAUACUGGAGAUUCCUGUUGAAGCAAGCAACCAAACCAAUAUGCUAGUGAAAACUGAGAAAGAAUCUCUCUCUUCAUCUGAAGACAAGGCUAUCCCUGAGGUCCCAGCACCUGUGAAGGAAGAACCUGUAGACAGCUUCAUGCCUGAACUGGGCAUUUCUCAUUUGCUUUCUUCUCAUCCUAGCCUUGAAGCCUCAAACUACUUGUUGGAUGCCUGUAAUGACUCUGGGUAUGAAGGAUCCCCGUUGCCCUUCAGUGACAUGUCCUCUCCACUUGGCACUGACCAUGUGUGGGAGAAUAGCUUUGCUAGUGAACUCUUUUCCCAGCUGAUCAGUGUUUAA